AUGAGUAUACUAGCAAGGGUGGCGCGUUGCGAGUGCGACGCGGCUUUUGGCGGGAAGUUCGAUUUCAAAUGUAACCAUAGAAAAAGAUGGGUUAAGACAAGUUUUUAUCCAUUCAACUGAAUCUUCAUAAACCUAUGAAAAAUUAAAAUUUAUUGAAAAACUGUUUAAAAAGUAGCUCGUUUUUGAGCUCCCCGCCAAAAAGCCGCGUCGCACACGCAACGCUUUACGCUUGCCAAUCAACCCAUCUCGCUUUUCAAGCCGCGGAGGAUUGACUAUAAACAGCUCUAUGAAAACUACAUUUAUUUCAUUUAGAUAUUCUGACUGGUCAAAAAUUCCAUCACUGAAUACGAUUAUGAAAAAAAAAAGUUGAAGUUGUAUAGUCAAUGUUUCCCGACUUGAAAGGCGAGGGAGGCGGGGCAAGGGGCGGGACGCGUAGCGUGUGCGUUCGCGGUUCUUGGCACGAGUUCAAUUCAAUUGCCGCCGACUGUUUAAAAAGCUCGGCAACCGCUCUUUUUCAAUGUUUUCUACUAUUUUUUGAUGCAAACAUGGAUAUAAUCAAUAAAUAAUUGAAAAAGAUAUUAAAAGAGCAGAAAACGGGCUUUUCAAAGAGUCGAUGGCGGUUGAAUUGGAAACGUGCCAAGGACCGCGAACGCACACGCUACGCGUCCCGCCCCUUGCCCCGCCUCCCUCGCCUUUCAAGUCGGGAAACAUUGACUAUAUUAAUUAUUAAAUACUGUGUCAAGCCGGUGGUAAAUCAACUAAUUUUGUUUUUUUCAAAAACCUUGUCCAUUUCAUUCAUAAAAUAUUUUUUUUGAAUAAUUAUUGAUACACGGCAUUCCUAAUGGGGUGAGGGAAGGUGAGCGAGGCGUCAAGGUUUCUGAAUUUACAAAAAAAAAGUAAGUGCGCGCUCCGGAUAAAAUGACGUCAUUCUACAUCGCGAAUUGCACGGAGUAUUCAACGUUAAUAACUUGUUUGUUCGAUCGCCUUUGGCUUGAGAUUUCAAUUUUCAGGCCAAAUUUUUUUUCUCCGUUUGGGAGCGCCUUGGAUAAGCUAACACUGCAAAAAGAUGGAUCGCGUCGAGACCUCCACAAAAUUUUCCUAUGCACCUUCAGCCAUUCCAAACGUUUCCCAUUCCCAAGAGAGUUAGAAAUAAUUUCCAUCAGUUCGAAAACUGUUUCCCAGAGGGCAAUCUGCCCUUUUGCAAGGUUCUCAAGAGUCAAUAGGCAGGGAAUCCGUAUAAAAGGACAGCCUUUGGUGGUGGAGAAUCAUCAGCCGCCGAAGACAUGAAGUUGUUCGCCGCCGUCUUCGCCAUCGUCGUCGCUUUCGCCGCGGCGCUCAACGAGACCGACCUCUACACGACUCCCGGUCAGAAGCCCCCCGAGCAGACCCUCUACCCCAAACAGGGAUAA